AGAAACCUCAAGAUUCCCUUUUCUCUUUUCCCUUUCCACGAUACCCAAACCCGAACAAUUGGAACCUCCCUUUAGUUCUCUCUUCCCUCCUUUCAAUUCGUCUGAUUUACUACCAUACCUCCAACUGCAAAGUUCCAGUUCAGCAUCCAACCUCACGCCUACAAUUCCUCCCCAGGAACACACACACACACACACAUCCUCCUCACAUACGCAACAUCCAAACAACCUCAAAAAUGUCGAAACUAUCCCCCGCCCUCAAAACCCUCAUAAACGCGCCGCACGCCCGCCCAGGCCCCCUCCCCGCGCCCCCCAACAUCCGCGCCAUCUACGCCCAAAUCGCCGCCGAAGCGUCCUCGCACUCCCUCCACCGCCCCUCCUGGCUCGCCCUCACCACCGCGGCGACCAUGACAAUGAACAGCCCAGACUCAAUGGCCGCCCUCUUCUCCGUCGCCGCAGGCGAUCCCUCCAUACGCUCCGACCGCGAAAGAGCCGCCAUCGCAGAAUUCAUGCGGGAAGUCGGCCUCAAAUGCAUCGGGUUCAACGGUGUGCCGCGGACUAUCAACAACCUAAACGCCUUCCGCGCCUCGCUGCCGCCCUCCAUCGUCCCAUUACUGUCGACAACGCCGACGCGACAUCUCACGCCCGGGACGAUACCGAGUGUGACGGCGAGGGGGAACAAGCUCUGGGAGUCUGUGUACAGGCCGCUGUCACGGAAGCUCGAGGCGAAGCUCGCGGACGCGCAUCCCGAUUUGCCGGUUUUUAUCAUUGAGGGGGAGUAUGGGGCGCUGUUUUCGGAUCCGGAGAGGCGGACGGGUGCGAAUGUGGGGAGAGUGACGACGAGUAUUGUUGCGAUUGCGUGUCUGAGGGCGCAGCAGGGGGUCGGGCCGCAGGUGCUGAGCCAUGUUUUUGGACUACGGAAGGCGUGGGAGGAUGGGUCGUGGGAGGGGGAAAGGGAGGCGGGGACUAGGGAGGGGGUGGAGUGGUUGGUGGGCGAUGAGGGGUGUGGGUGGGUGUUGGAGAAGGUGGAUCAGGUUGUUGGGGCGUUGAGUGCUGUGAGGUGA